GUCAGAGAGAUCGGGCUGAAUAUAAUGCGUGCAGCUAAAAGAUUACACACAGAAAAGCUGCUGCUGCUAUUUUUUCUUUGUCGUUCGAUUGUCGUCAUUUUUUCCUAUAAGUUGCCCGCAGCCCUAGUGGAGCCAUUGGCAAACGGUUUUCGUGUGUCCAUACCAGAUGAUCGUGGAAUAAAAAGUGUGGCUUUCAAUGUGAAUCGAAAUCGCAAUUUUACGGACUUUGAGGAGGGUGAGUUUAGUGCCCAAGUACGCGAGCCAGAGGAUGGACGCUGGCAACAUGAUUUUGAGCGAGCAGCGCUGAGGGCACAUGACACGCUUUAUAUUUGGACCAACGUGCAGCAUGGCAAUGUAAUCUAUCGCGAUAAGAGUCUGCCGCUGCAGGUUUGUCAACUGUCGGGCGAUAAUUUGCCUGCCGAAUGCUCGAUGAGCCCUCAUCAGCAUCAGAAUCGAGAGACUACAACAGUCAAAACUGAUGCAGCAUACAAAGGAUCAACGCCAAAGGCCUCGUCUUGCGCCGAGGAAAGCGAAACGGUGAUGUCACCUCCCCCAAGCCACCCGCUUUGCAAGGGUCAACUAAUAUUCGAGGAAGAAUUUGAGAACUUGAACGAGAGCCGUUGGCUACACGAUGUUCGGGCACCACUUGACAGUACUGAUGCCGAGUUUGUGCUCUACGAUGGAAAGGCGCGCGUGCUGGGCGGCCAACUGAUCAUCGAGCCUAGGCUGUGGUCUAGCUAUCGACCCGACUUGCACAUAACCAAUGCCCAUCUAGAUUUGUCCGACCGCUGCACAGGCACGCACAAUAGGCAAAAGGAGUGUGUGCUUCUAACAAGUGGACCACUUAUUAUGCCUCCAGUGGUGGUGCCGCGGCUGAGUACAAAGGAAUCCUUUGGCUUUAAGUAUGGCCGCGUCGACAUACGCGCUAGGCUGCCCAAGGGCGACUGGCUCAUACCGCUAUUGCUGCUCGAGCCCCUAAUGGAGUCAUAUGGCCAAACUGGCUAUGAAUCUGGUCAGCUGCGGGUGGCCAUGGCCCGCGGCAAUGAUCAGCUGCGUCUACCGCAUGGUAAGCUAAUCGAUGGACGCACUAUUUUCGCUGGAGCAGUGCUGUCGACGGAGGCGUCUCAGCGUGAGGAUUUCAUGGUGCAACAGCGGCGAAGCGUUCAUUUCGGCGACGACUUUCAUGUGUACAGCCUGAUAUGGAGCAGUCAAAGCUUGCGAUUUUCAAUUGAUGGUCAAGAAUACGGUGAACUGUUGACUGGCUUUGCUGAAUCCGACCUAAACCCCAGCUGGCGUCGGGGAGGGCCCAUGGCGCCCUUUGAUCGCAUGUUUAUCUUCACAUGCGUACAUAUACUAUACAGUGGUCCGAUUCGCCCAAUUCCGACAUAUGUACUGCCUACAACGGAAAGACGGACCUAUGGAAGACAGGCGGAAGUUUCAACACGGUAGAUUUAAAACUGGGUGCGAUAUCAACUCGUCUGUUGAUGCCGAUUAAGAAUAUAUAUAGUUUAUUGGGUCGGAGAUAUCUCCUUCUAUGUGUUACACAUUUCAUGACAAAAUUAUAAUACCCUCUACAAGGGUAUAAAAUCAGCCUUUAUUCUAAAUUGAAGGACUGCAAUAUCUAUAUGUUAGUUUGGUGCGCUCACUAAAACAGACAGACAGACAAAGCUUGAUGGUUUUGGAUCUACUUUGUCCUCUAAAAAUUAUUCACUUUAUUGGCUCAAAAAUGUCGAAUUCUACUUGUUACAUACAUGUACACAACAUUAAUUUACCCUUUUAAUAGGUACAGGGUAAAAUACCAUUGAUU